AUGAUUGGGAAACAGGACAGUGACCACCAGAACAGUGACCACCAGAACAGUGACCACCAAAACAGUGACCACCAAAACAGUGACCACCAAAACAGUGACGACGAGAGCAGUGACCACCAGAAGAGUGACCACCAGAACAGUGACGAGGAGAGCAGUGACCACCAGAACAGUGACCACCAGAGCAGUGACCACCAGAACAGUGACGACGAGAGCAGUGACCACAAGAACAGUGACCACCAGAGCAGUGACCACCAGAACAGUGACGACGAGAGCAGUGACCACCAGAACAGUGACCACCAGAACAGUGACCACCAAAACAGUGACGACGAGAGCAGUGACCACCAGAACAGUGACCACCAAAACAGUGACGACGAGAGCAGUGACCACCAGAACAGUGACCACCAGAACAGUGACGACGAGAACAGUGACCACCAGAACAGUGACGACGAGAGCAGUGACCACCAGAACAGUGACCACCAGAGCAGUGACCACCAGAACAGUGACCACCAGAACAGUGACCACCAGAACAGUGACCACCAGAACAGUGACAACCAGAACAGUGACCACCAGAACAGUGACCACCAGAGCAGUGACCACCAGAACAGUGACGACGAGAGCAGUGACCACCAGAACAGUGACCACCAGAACAGUGACGACGAGAGCAGUGACCACCAGAACAGUGACCACCAGAACAGUGACGACGAGAGCAGUGACCACCAGAGCAGCAUACACACGUGA